AUGCCUUCGGCACCCCCGUCAUUAUUCGGCGUGAGCGAUGCCUUCGACACCCCGCCAUCAUUGGACGAGAGCGAUGCCUUCGGCACCCCGUCAUCAUUCGGCGUGAGCGAUGCCUUCGGCACCCCGCCAUCAUUGGACGAGAGAAAUGCCUUCAGCACUCCGUCAUCAUUUGGCGUGAGCGAUGCCUUCGGUACCUCGUCAUGA